AUGUCGUCGCUUAGGGUGCUGGUGUUGGGGGACAGUCCCAACACGCUUUUGUAUGCGUCGCGGUUCCAGUUGGCGAAGAGUGUUGAUCUGUACCAUGUGAGCGAUGGUGUGAGUGCGGUGUUUGAGAUCGAGACGGUUGCGUAUGGGUACGACAAGUUUGAGCUGGCGCACCACUUCCGCUCUGUUGGGGAGCUUGUCGGGGCCGUGAGCGGUGUGUUUGAUCUUAUCAUACUGAGUGCGUCGUCGUUGCAGGAGUUGAGUUCUGUCGCCGCGCAACUUAAGAACCUGGUGAACUCGAACACGAAGAUAUUCCUGGAGAGCAGCGGGUUUGUGCAGCUGGAGCCCUUCGUGAAGAUGUCCAUGGACGCCGCGCACGCCAAUAUCUUCAGCAUCGUCACGGACUUCGACGUGCGCCAGGUCGCGCCAAACAGCUACAAGCAGUUCCCGCUGAACAACGUGACUAAGAACUCUCUGUGGCUCGGCGAGUGCAAGCCCGCCAAGGGCGGGUCCUCCUCGUACUCCAAGAACGUCGUCGCGCUGUUGGAAACGUUCGAGAGACUGUUCCAGAAGCUGUUUCCAAAGGACACAGUGGACCUGUGCAACAAGUCGCCCGUCGACUUCCUGUCGAAACAGUGGUCCAUCGCCAUGCCACGCAUAUGCUUCGAUCCGUUGCUGAUCAUGCUCGAGGAAACCAACCCAGCUGAGCUGAACAACCAGAUCAUCGCCAAGCCCCUGAUCUCCGGCCUAGUUACAGAAGUUAUUACCGUGGCUAGGAGCAUGGGUGCCAAGCUAAACAACACGAUGGACAACGAGACUAACCUCCUUCAGUCCUGGAAGGAACAGUACUGCCUAUCCACGCACGAAAUCGAGACGCCGGCCUUGGUGUACCACUUCAUUCACCGCUCAGGCCCUCUUAACAUCGACAUGUCGCUGCUGCAGAUCAUCUUGUUAGCAGACGACUUUGGCAUCAAGACACCUUAUUUGGAGUUCUUGUACUCUGUCAUGUCGCAGUACCAAAAACUAAACGAAGGGAAGUCUAAGUGGUUCAAGAGGGUGGACGAGAGACAACAACAGAACGAUGGCUCGAAUUUCGAGAUGGCAGCUUUAAUAGAAGAAAAAGCCCAAUUGAACGAGAAGCUAAACUCAUUGACUCAGGACGUGAAAUCCAAGGACGAGAAAAUUCAAUCGCUGAUGCAGGAAAGAAACCAGAACGCUCAGAUGUCCGGUGAUCUACAAAAUCAACUUGACAUCUUGAGAAAUGAACUAAAUAAGGAGAAACAGAAAUCUAGUCUUGCUAUCCAGGAAUACGAAAAUAAAUUAAAUGCAACCAACAAUGCAAUGGAGCAGAUGAAAUUACAAACGGCGGCACCAGCCAUCAAGAAUAUAGCACAGGAUGAAUACAAACCGACAGGUACACCCAAUCUGAACGAUAUUGCUGACAUCGCAGUGUUUGGUGUUAAUUACAACUCACCUGAAGUGCACAAAGCAACCGAACCACUUGCUGGUAAAGAGGCCGACAGAAAUGAAUCGCAGGAAAAGCUCACUCCAACAAACGAUUCCAUGGACGACUUGAAGAGACGCGAAUUGGAAUUACGCAAAAAGGAACUAGAAUUACAAGAAAAGGAAAUCGAAUUUCAAAAACUUGCAAUGCAACAACAGCAAAAGCAACCUGCUCUUCAGAACCCUCAACAAUUUCCCGUACAGCAGCAACAGCCUUUCCAAGUGCCACCUCAUCAACAAGGUCAAGCUUGGGGUAAGGGCCAACAAAUGGUUGCACCACAACAAAUGCCUAUGAGCAACAGUGGAGGAAACAUCCCUCAGAUGAUGAAUGGUAAUAGUAGGAAGCCAUCUUUUCCACAAGUACAACAGGCUGCUAACAUCAGAAACAGUAGAGCUGUUCAUGGCGCCAUGCCAACACAGCAACAAUCUACUGCGUCUAACUUCGUUGAUCCGGUCUCAGCAGGUCUUGUCAAUAAUUCAUUUGAACAGAAUACACAGGGGCAAUUUAUGCCUCAGCAAGGCCAUAUGCCUCAAAAUGUAAAGAGAACAAGUAGAAAGAAUAGACAUAGUAAUAUGCCUAAUAUAGGAAGUGCAUCUAGCAUGGGUCUGAACAACUUCAGCUCUGUUGGAAACAAUGGAAGCCAGAGCAGAUUAAACUCAUUGAGCACAUCUAACAUGCCAGCCAUUCAAAACAGACUCAGACACACCAACAGCAACUUGGCAUUAAACAAUAUCAACAACAAGUCGUCAUCCAGAUUGAAUAUGCCACAGCCAGUGAAACAAGGUGAAGCUCCUAUGAACGGUGGUGCAUUAGGUAACCCAUCUCAACAAAGGCAAAUGAGUUCCAGCACUCAGUUGGACAAUGUUGGUGACAUUUCUACCAACUCUGUAAUUCAUAACUCGAUACCAUAUCAAAAUGGUGGCAUGGAGACUAGUAACUCCCAACCACAGUUGCAACAGUACCAGAACACUCAAACUCAAAACACAAAGGAGUACACUCAGAGUCCACCUCCAAUGCAUCAAUUUGGCUCAUCUAAUAAUGGGUCUCCAGUAGCAGCUCCCACAGCUACAUUCUCAUCUUCUCAGGAUUCCGGAAUCAACGGCUCCACUGAUGAAGAAGCUAGUGAGAAGGAAGGUAAAAAGAAAAGAUUUGGGCUCUUCAAAAAGAACAAGAAGAAAUAA